UUAAAUGCUGCACUUGUUUCAACAUUGAUCCUGUGGCUUGGAAGACCCUGAGGAGUGCUGCUGCUGGUUUUGGCUACCAAGUGGUGCAAAGACAAUCAGAUUUGCUCAUCAGUGCUCCACUUGAACAGUAUUCACAAAAUGGAAGAGGGAAAAUAUAUACGUGCACCAACUCCUCCCCAAACUGCCAAACUAUUGAAUUUGAAGCACCAGGUUUUGCAGUCAACAUGUCGCUUGGUUUAACAAUGAAAAGUGAUCCCACGGCACAAAACACUGUGGUGUGUGGGCCAACCAUUCCAAAUGACUGCAAUAGUAUCACCAUGUACAACGGUGUGUGCUUUGAGAUGGAUCACUCUAGUACAUUUGGAACACCCAGACCUGAUUUUAUUCAAGCGUGCCCGCCCCAAGCAGACAUUGCCUUUCUGUUGGAUGGUUCAAUCAGUGUGUCUUCUAGAGAUUUUCAAACAAUGAAGAAGUUUGUGAAAGAUCUAAUCCAGUCAUUGCUUUCAAUUGAUACACAGUUUUCUGUUUCCCAGUUCUCUACUUCACCACAGGUUCAUUUUUACUGCACAAAAUUUUCAUCAUCUACAUCACUGGAUACUACCAUCAAAGAAAUUAGCAAACUAGGAGGAACUACUUACACAGCGAAGGCCAUCAAACAUGUUGUGGAAAAGGUUUUCAUACCACAAAGAGGUUCCAGACCAAAUGUGAAGAAGGUCUUGAUAGUAAUUACCGAUGGGCAAUCCCAUGAUCGAAAUCAUCUGCACAGUGCAGCACAGCUAGCAGAGAGUAAAAACAUUGUUCGAUUUGCUAUUGGGGUGGGGAAUGCAUUUACUAAAACUGAAGCAAAACGAGAACUGCACACCAUUGCAUCGUCUCCUUCAGACAAACACGUGUUUCAAGUGAAGAACUUCAACGCACUUGAAUUAAUAAGACAGAAUCUGCAGGAGAAAAUUUUCUCCAUCGAAGGAUCUCAAAACAGUGGAGAGUCACUGAAAAUGGAAAUGUCUCAAGAGGGAUUCAGUGCAAUUUAUGUGCCUGAGGGAAUUCAAAUGUCUAUUGUUGGUGCAAACCAGUGGAAGGGAGGCUACGUGCAAUACACAACAGAGGGCCAGAAAGUGAAAACAUAUGAGGAUGUGUCUUUGGAGCCUGACAGUUAUCUUGGUUACUCCAUGGCAAUUGUUAUAACCAAAAAUGGCACACUUACAAUUGUUGGUGCUCCAAGAUAUAAACACAGAGGAGUGGUGGUCGCUGUUAACAGACAAAGCUUUGAAAACCAAAAGAUUGAGCCCUUUUCAUCGCAGUAUCAGACUGGUGAAUAUUUCGGGGCAGAGGUGUGUACCAUGGACAUAAAUAAUGACUGCUCUGUAGCCAUGUGCAGAGUGUUCAAGUGCAACACAUUCAUGGCAAGGCUGCAGAGUAGGACGUACAAAAUCUCUGCCAACCUCAGUUCAAGAUGGAUAGAGCAGAUUGGACUUCAAUCUGCCAAAUUCCUCUUGACCAGCACAGCCAGUCUGGAGUACGAUGAAACCCAGUACAUCUACUUUUCAACAGGGUCCAACAGUAAUCCUCCUGUAUACAAGAUAGAGGCAGAAGUAGACGUGUGGCCUGAGCCAGAUUUUACCAAAGAGAUCAUUGGAGGAUCCCUGGGAGGUUUGGCCUUUCUGGCUUUACUCACUGUUGGCCUGUAUAAGGCUGGAUUUUUCAAGAGUAAAUAUAAACAGAUGAUAAGUGAAAAUGCAAAAGACAGCAGCUAAUGCAGGUGCAUCCCCAGCGGAAUUACCUAAAAAGAAACAA